ACACGCACACGGAUCAGACUGGAACACGACAGCCAGCUCCACUCACAUCCUCCGAGCUGUCACACAGGAGGAAGAGCAGCGUGCGUGUCCAGGAUCCUGCGGGAGUUUCACCGCAGAUCUUCACGCACAUCUUCACGCGGAGGGAUUUACUGGGUACACACAACACGUCUUUAAAACGCCGCUGAUGUUGCAACACAACGGAUGACAGCGGGGUGGGUAGAGAUGGGAGAGGGUCUGGGGCCUCUCUCCCCCGUAGGAUGGUAGCCGACAGCACAGUGGAAGGCCACGACAAGACUCAUUUGUCAAGCUCAUCGUCGGCGUCGUCCUCCUCCUCCUCCUCCUCUUCCUCAUCUACCUCAUCUUCAUCAUCAUCCUUCUCCUCCUCGUCCUCCUUGUCUUCGUCAUCCUCACUUCGCACAGAGGCAGAGCAGCUUCAGCAACAGGCCGCUCCGGAGCCCGUCCCCAAACCGGUGUCCGUCCCCUCUGCGUAUCUGACCCACUUCCGGACCUUCUCCUGCAAGGAGGACUGCAAGAUCAUCACAGAGACCGCCGCCAAGCUCGAGCGCAGCGGCUUCUACUGGGGCCCGCUGGGAGUGGAGGACGCCCACCGCAUGCUGAGGGACGCGCCGCUGGGCAGCUUCCUCAUCCGGGACAGUCGGCAGAAGGACGUCUUCUUCACUCUGUCCUACCACGCCAAGAGCGCGCCGGUCAGCGUGCGCAUCACCUACAAGCAGAAGAAGUUCUCCCUGGCAGGCAACGAGCGCUCGUUCCCGACGCUCUUCGCCCUGUUGGAGUAUUACAUCACCUCCCCCAAGAAGAGCCUGAGCAUCCCGUACAGGAAAUGGGAGCCAACUUUGCAGGAACUGUGCAGGAAGCGCAUCAUGCAGCUGUGCGAUGGGGGAAGUCUGGUGCCAGAGCUGCCAGUCACUCAUGUGGUCCAGGACUUCCUGUUGGAGUUCCCUUUCAAACUAUGAGCAGCUUGUCGUGGAACAUUGUCACUGUACUGUUUUUAAUCUCAAAACGGAUGAUUUUACCGAGCAGCAGUAAACUG